GUAGCCAGCCCCUUUACAAACAAGCACUUCCUCUCCAAAGAUGAAGUAGAGAAGCAAGUUCAAAAAGAGAGGCAAGCACGGCUAAAUGCAGAAAAAAGGGAAAAGUAUUGGAGGGAAAAGUUUGAGGCUGAGUGCCUGGAGAAGGAUGAUGAAGACCAUACAGAUCUGUCUGCAAUGUUCGAUAAAGCUGGAAGUAACGUAACUGAAGACAUGGCAAGCCCUGGGAACAACUGCCACAACUCUUGCGAUGCAAAAGUAAAAAGGCAUAUUGCUGGCAUCCGAGGUAAGCGAUGUAAAUUGUUCACUUAUAGAUAAUAAAAACAUAAUGAGCACUGUGUCCAUUCCCUACUAAACUCACCUCCCCCCCUCCCUUAACACCCCAAAAAGCAACUUCAAAAAUCUGUUUAUUUUGGAGGACGCUUCAAAAUUAUUAAUUCCCCACAUCGUAGAUCAGUUCGUGGGUUUUGUCAUUUGCACUCUUCAGCAUUGCGUAAUAGCUUUAUUGAUCUCACUGCAUGUUCAGCACGCGAUUUAUUGUUACAUGUAGUUUAACCUGUGCUGCAGGUGUAUUGUACACUUAUCUCGAAUUAUCAUCUUGCAAGUUUUUGCUCAAACGUGUUCUUGAUCCGUUUGUACAUUUCCUUUACCCAUCCCUCCCACCCAGAUGGUGGGCAGAGAGCUUUAUUUCUUCGGGUGUUUUAUCGGGUUUUCGCUUUACUUGAAAUAAAUCUCUCUUUAUGCCAAAUAAAUGGUGUGUCCUAUUUUAUUGGUUGUUAGUUUGCUUAGAUAUCCCCGGGGAAUUAACAUAUUAUUUGUAUUACAAUAGUUCAUUCACAUUCAUUUAUAGGGUCAUGA